AUGAAGAAGAGUAUCUCAUUGAAGGAAUUUUCAACAACACCAACAGUUUCUUAUAUGCUGAGUAAGGACGGGCACAACAUUGCAGGGGCCCUUGGUAGCAACAACACCGCCAACAGUGGCCCACGUCAGCCUCUUCCUGUGGCGACGAAAGAAGAAAAGGCAAAGAAUCCAUCGGGUGGUAACGGAUGCGACACGAUGUUCGAUAUGGAGUAA